AUGUCUGUGACAAACUCAUUCAACUCUGCCCAACCGUGGAUGUUCUCCGAUCCCUACGCAUACCAAUACGCAGACAUCCCGGAAGACACUCCCAGCCAGGGUUUCAAUGCUGCAGGCAGCAUUCGCUUCGAGCUAGAAUGCCCGGUGCCAUACACGGCACCUAGCACACCGACCGUCGAGUAUGCCGCCGAGCUAGACGGCAGCUCGGGCGCCGGGCUGAAGAAAAACGGCUCCAUUAUGCGCAGCCAGUGCUCCAGCCGCAGGACCAGUACGAAGUAUGCACCGCGGCGCUGGGAUUCGAAGCGGUUUUCGGAUCUCCCCGAGGUCGUGGAGGACGCCCGGCCUGCGCCGAGGUUUUCGCACUUGAUGCCCUUUCAGGAGAGGGCCACUAGGCCACAGCAGUCGAACCGGCUAUCCACUUUCUCGGGCCUCAUGGUCGUUGACGAGGAGAAGCCCGCUAGGCCAAAGCAGUCGAACCGGCUGUCGACUUUCUCAGGCCAAUUGGUCGUUGACGAGGAGAAGCCCAGUCAGGACUUCGACGCCAUAUUGAGGAACGUAGCUCUCGCGGCACCUGUGAAGCGCGGAAUCGGUCUGGGACGGAGUGGUCGGUACUGUGACAGGUUCAACGAUGGCAAUUAG